UCUGAGGAUGGUCAAGUUGACUCGCCCUGCAACAUGGGCAGUAACGUGCUUUCAGUGGAGAAUAGUAAACAAUUCACAAUAGCAUGAAGAAAACGAAUCGUCCCGAGUCUGUCUUCAUGAAUAAUCUGCUGUUUGAUUUAUUGUAAGCCUUUGAGGUUCAUGCAUUUAAACACAUGACUGGAUGUAGGCUACUGAUGACCGAGGGCACUUGAUGGCACACAAAAGACACAAGUUAUUUCGAGUCGUUUUGACCUGUGAUCAACUGAACAGUGAUGUUUUGUAAGUGACAUCGCUGCUAUUCCUCUGCAAGCAUCAUUUAGGAUCAGUCUGACGUUUCUGCAUCGAAACAAAUAAGCUCGGCUGUCAGAGAUGGACGGCAUCGGGAACACCAUGCAGAAGAAGGCUGCUGAGCUGGAGCGCAUGGCCGAAGUCCUCGUUACAGGAGAACAGUUACGGCUACGGCUCCAUGAGGCUAAGGUGAUUAAAGACAGGAGGCAUCAUCUCCGCACCUAUCCGAAUUGCUUUGUGGCCAAGGAGAUCAUUGAUUGGCUAAUUGAGCACAAAGAAGCAUCUGACAGAGAUACUUCCAUCAAGAUCAUGCAGAAACUUCUUGACCAGAGCAUCAUUCACCAUGUUUGUGAUGAGCACAAGGAGUUCAAAGAUAUGAAGCUGUUCUACCGUUUCAGGAAGGACGACGGAACCUUUCCACUGGACAGCGAAGCCAAAGUCUUUAUGAGAGGCCAGCGGAUAUAUGAGAAGUUGAUGAACACUGAAAACACCCUGCUGCAGACGCGUGAAGAGGAGGGAGUGACAUAUGAGCGGACGCUGGUGGCCUCAGAGUUUAUAGACUGGCUCCUGCAGGAAGGGGAAAUGCCCACCAGAGAGGAGACUGAGCAGUUGGGACGCAGAUUGCUGGAGCAUGGCAUCAUUCAGCAUGUUUCUAAUAAGCACCAUUUUGUGGAUGGCGGACUGCUUUACCAAUUCAGAAUGAAUUUCCGGCGGCGACGGCGGCUGAUGGAGCUUUUGAACGAGCGUUGUCGCAGCAUACCGGAGAACCACGACAGCCCCUUCUGUCUGCGCAAACAGGGCUCUGAGGGGGGAAACACCAGCUUCCUUUCAGUAAGCCCCACUAAAGAGAUAAAGGUGGUGUCAGCAGUACGGCGGAGCAGUAUGAGCAGUAGUUGUGGCAGCAGCGGUUAUUAUAGCAGCAGCCCCACACUCAGCAGCAGCCCCCCUGUGCUCUGCAACCCAAAGUCUGUGCUGAAGAGACAAGUGAGCCCAGAGGAACUUCAGACUCCUGGUGGACCUUACAUAAAGAAGACAUUCACAAUUGUGGGAGAUGCAGUGGGCUGGGGAUUCGUGGUGAGAGGAAGUAAACCCUGCCACAUCCAGGCAGUAGACCCCGGCGGACCCGCUGCAGCAGCGGGAAUGAAGGUGUGUCAGUUUGUGGUGGCAGUCAAUGGAAUGAAUGUGCUGAAUCUGGACUACAGGACUGUGAGCAGCCUCAUCCUCACUGGCCCCAGAACAGUGGUCAUGGAGGUCAUGGAGGAAGCAGAUUACUGAAGACAGCCGCUCUUUAGUGUUUCUGUUCUUCUCUCUUUCUAUUUUCUCAAAGCUGGACUUUCUUCACUGAGUCAAUGUUCUGUUUAAUGGAAUGUUCAGAGAAGUGAACUCUUGAUUCCGUUCAUCAUUUUGAUUCAAACCAUUAGCAUGACACUAAUCCAUGCUUUGGAAUCCGUGCCUCCCAUUGGCUCCUCAUUGACUGUUACCGGUCCAUGUCAGCUAAGGCUGUACCUGGACAGAUUAUAUGGGAAAAGAAGCUGCCAAAUAUCAUUUUUAGCAGAACCGUAGCAUUUAAAACACUCUUGGUAGGUUUGCAUAACCGAUGCCAAACUAAUAUAUGUGUGCCAUUCAGGUGAGAGCAUAAUCCAUGGCUCUUUUUCCACUGUUUCAUCAUUUAGAGUUUAGUCUGUGAGGUUUGGAGAGUAAAGGAAUACAUCAUUGUAUCAGGCAUUUUAUGACCUUAGUGUGGUUAGUUUAAAAUAACUAUUUUAUAAUUCCUGUCAUGCUUUCCGGGAGUUAGUAAAAUAAUACAUAUUGAUAUAUCCAUCCGAAUGCAGGGGACAACCAACAACAGCACUUACAGACUUCAGGUGAAACUUGAGAGUGAAUGUUUCAAACGCUACGCACAUCUAAAAGACGCUAUUGUACUGUAACUCAUGUCUUGUUUUAAAAGUAUCUUGUGAAAGUAGUUUAAAGUUUCUGUCUUUUGUCUAAAUGCCAUCAAAAAGACAAGUAGUUACUUGUAAAAUGCUAAUAUUAUAGGAAAAUAUUGAAAAUAUCACUUUAUAAGAGUUACGGCAGAAAUAUACUUUACACAAGUUUGUAAACACAGAUGAUUUAAUAAUAACGUGUAUUAUUAUUAUUCAGGAAAGUUGCUAGCUAUCUUAGCGACUAUCCAUUUUGACAGAGGUUGAUAUGAAAGAGAAAAGUGAUCAUAAAACAAUGCUAAUUAUAAAUUGCAGUCACGGUCAGAGUCAUUUCGGAAAAGAGUUUGUGUGUCUAUACGAGUCUGCUUUCACAUACUUGUGUAGAGUAUUUUUCGGGACUUACUGUUUUAACUUUUAAACUUACUGCCAUGAAAAAUUUUGCAUAGUCAUGUAGUGUGUUUAUAGAGUAAAUCAGUCAAUAAGACAAGUCUAUGAAUUCACUCACCAAAUUAUGUAACUAAUACAUUUGUAGUUCUAUCUAAGGAUUUAUUAGACGAAUUGGAAAUAUACAGUAGUGCUGUAUAUGCAGACUCCUACAUGCAUGUGUAUUGUACAAAGCAGGCAUCUGUGUAAGAAUGAAGACAUGUUAUGACACAACAUGAUAUCUAUAAUGUGCUCAUCUUACAUUCUUCUCUGUGGAUUUUGAAAUUUUUUAUUUUAUUUCUGCAGGUUGCUUAUUAUGCAAUUGUACUCAUUUGUAUUGAUGAGAAUGACAAAAAACAGUCACAUGAUGAUAUUUUGUUCUUAAUUGAAUUAAGCUUGAAUCUUCUGCCUUAAUGACCUGUAUUGUGCUGCUAAUUCUCACGGCUGGUCACGUAACAUCUGUAAAGUCCUAUUUUAAAGAUAGGUGAAGAUUUUUGGGGUGAUCAUGACAAUCAGCAUCAGGGUAGUCUGCUAAAUACUGGGCCAGAUGUGUGCCACAUCGUCCUCACUGCCGGGGAGUCUAAGCUAAUCUAAUAAUCGUCUAGUUCUUCUGUCUUCUGUUCUGAAAUAGAAUGAAAAGAAAAGUUGCAUUUAAAACAAGUUCAGUGCAGCUGAGUUCAACGCACAUGUGUCUGUUUAAAGGGAUAGUGGACUCAAAAAUAAAAAUGAUGUCCUCAUUUACUCACCCUUAAACAGUUCCAAACCUGUAUGGGUUUCUUUCUUCUGUUGCACACAAAAUAAAACAUUUUGAAGAAUGUUGGCAACCAAACAGUUGAUGGAAGCCAUUGAGUAUGUCACUCAGUGGCUGUUCAUGUUAUUUAUACAGGUUUGGAACAACUUAAGGGUGAGUAAAUGUGAUUUAAUUUUUUUAUUUUGGGGCAAACUAUCCCAAGUAGUAAGCUCACGGUACCAUAGAAUUUUUGUGCAGCUCUAAUUCAUGAUUAAUAUGUGUUUUGAUUAAUGUUUUAUUAAACGUCUUAAUUCCAUUGAAAA